AUGAAUAUUUAUGCAGAAUUUGAUCGAUCUAGCAGAACAUACAUCUUUGACGAACCAAUUAAAGUCAUUUUCAAAUCUAAAAUCGAAACAGGUGUUCGUGUCAAAGACAUUUCUAUUCUUUGCUAUGGUGUUUUAACACAAAACGAAAAUUUUCAUUUUUACAGUAAGUUUGAUGUUGGUGUUCCUAAAGAAAACGGACAGAUCUUCUGGAGUUGGAACGCUCCUACUGACAAAAUCUCACAUUUCGUUGAUCACCGUUUUGAACACGUUUUAUACUUUACCGUUCCAUCAGAUAUUGAUGCUCCAGAAUCAUUCCGAGGUAACCACAUCAGUUGUGACUACUCCAUUGAAUUUACAGUUAAAACCGGUUUAUUUAGUUCAGAAACCUUUUGGUUUCCAUUUAAAAUGAUCCUGAAAGAGUCACCAGUCAAGCCAUCUGGCCCACCAAUCAACGAAAUCAUCGAAAUCUGUGACAAAGAUCCAGAAUUACCUCCAGUUUCUUUCCAAGCCAGUGUUUACCUCAAAACACCUAUUAUUUCAAACCGAUACCCUAUUACUGGCCAUGUUAUCAUCCACAAAUCAGCUGAUUUGAUCCUUUUUGUCUCUAGUUCUAUCAUUAUGACAGAAAGUUUCUAUUCUAACGGCAAACGUGUUUCACUUGAGACCGAAGUUGUUAAAACACGCAUUUCUGAACGAGAUCCUCUCAUUGGUCGCGAAUUACCUAUUUUAAUUGAAUGGCAACGUAAUUUCAUGACAGCAUCUCAAGGCAACAAGAAUUUUUCAUUAUCAUUCGUAUUACGAAUCCAUAUCCGAUUUGAAUUUGGCCAAACUUCAACAUACGACGUUCCUAUUAUUUUAUAUCGAGAUUUGAAGAUGUGA